UACGCAAUAGUGAAUCAUCUCACUUCCUCAGUGCUCUCUGAACACUUUGCCUUUUCUGUGUUUCUCGCUCAAGUCUCUACCAACACCCGGCGUUUGUUAUGGCUGAGUUUUCGCAGUUUUUAUUUCAGUUGGCCUUAUUUUAAAGGAUGUGACCCUAGUCUGUUGGUUUUUGUUAGUAUAAAAGGGAAAGUUCGUCUUUCAGGCUUUCUUGGUAGGCUAGAUUUGUUGGCUCAACGCGAGGUUAGCUAACUUCGCUAACGUGUGCUAACGUAAGCUGAAGAAGUAACAUUAAAGUCACGUUAACUGUUUAAUGUACAGUUUGACUUCCCAGCGGCUGUAUUUGACAAAGUGGCUUCUUUAUAGCUAUCUGUUGCUGGUGGCGUUUUGAUAUUGGCGUUUUUAUAACGCCUAGCUGACUUAACGUGGUUUGUAAGCUAGACGCUCCUGGAGUUUUGCGUGAAUCGUCUCAAACAGCCAGCUUACAUUACCAGCUGCUAACAUGAUGGACUUUGAUAAUAUAUUGUCAAUCGCCUCGCAAAACCAGGGCCUCAGCACUGUGCAGCAUAAGAGAUACAGUCUACAAGCUGGACCACCCAAAAAGGACCCAAAGUCAAAAGCUGUAAGUUCUGCUGCUGUGCAGGCACUUCUGAAGAAGCAACACAUUGAGACCAAACAGAAAGAAUUGCAAAUGAAGAAACAGAAGGUGGAACUUCUUGCAAAGAGGGUUGAGUUGAAGUCGGAUCGUAAAGCACGAGCCAUGGCUUCCAGAACGAAGGACAAUUUCAGAGGUUACAAUGGUAUCCCAAUUGUGGAGGGUCCUAAAAAGAGGAGAUCAAAACAUGAAAUGGAGGAUAAAUCAGCGGAUGGGGAAACAUUUAGGAAUUACUCGAUUGACCCAGAGGAUGAUGAAGAUAAUUAUGAGUAUGAACAGACAGAUUCAGAGCCAGAGCCGGAGCCGGAGCCAGAGCCGCUGAGACCAGGGAAAAUCUCACGUUUUAGUGGGAGUAGCAGCAGCAAACCCUCCUCUAAAAAAUCCAGUGGACCACCCAAGCCUGCUCCUCCUCCCAUGAACUUUGCAGCCUUGCUCAAAUUGGCAGAGCAGAAGCAGUUUGAGCCUGUUGAGCUAAAAACCAAGGUCGUGAAAAAGGAAGAAAGGCUCCGCACAGCUGACGAGAUAAGGGAACUGGAGAUGGAACGCAAGGUUAAGAGACGAGACAAAGACUCGAAGCCAGAAAGAGAAAGAGACCACAAGUCUCAAUCUAGCUCUAGUUCAAUAAGAAAAAACACUUCAGAGAAGGAGCAGAAGAAUUGCAAACCACAAAAGAACUCCUUAGAAAAGCAAAGUCAGCCCAGUGGGACAGGAAAGAAGUCACAUCCAACACCAACAAGCGAUAAAGGCCACUCUUCUUCUAAGUCCUCUGUUGGUGACAGAGAAAGAGAUAGACCCAAGAUGUCUCACAGUGAUAGAGACAGACACAAGACAAGCUUGUCUGGUUCAUCAGGUGCCAUAAACAGUAAAGUUCCUUCAAAAGCCACAUCUUCUCAGGUUUCAGCCAAACAAGGGGGCCCCAAGCCCUCAUCUAGCCACAAAUCCAGCACCUCAAGUGACCUUAGCUUCAAAAAAGAAAGCUCAUCAUCACUUCACAGAAGACCUUCAGGUACUCCUGGGACCAGGCCUCCUGGUACGUCUGUAACAGGUCAAAAAUCUCAACAUGGGAGCUCCCAACAGACCAGGCCCAUCCAGGGUAGCUCAAUGAAGCAGGGACCUACAGUCGCAGGCCACAAGUCUGGAAAGGGCCAACCACUAAGGUCAGGAAUUAAUUCUGCAGUAAAAUCAAGUGGUAAUUCAGUGAUGAGACCUUCAUCGAGCGGCCCUCCUAAGUCAGGGAACCAACCUCAGGCAAGGCCUGGAGGAACACCCCAGGCAAAAGCCAGUGGUGUCCCACAGGCCAGGCCUGGUGGAAGUAACCUACAGGGUCACCCUGGAGGUAGAGGAGUCCGACCUCCAGGGAUUGGACCUGGCCGACCUGGUAAUGGAGGACCAAUACCUGGACGACCAACAGGCAGCUUAGGAUCAGGACCUGGAAGACCCAAGUGCACUGUGGUGUCAGAGACCAUCUCGUCCAAGAAUGUUGGUGGACCCAGACCGGGAGUCCCUUCUCGGCCAGGCAUGCCACAAAGACCUGGGAUGGCACCUAGAGGAGGAAUGCCACCCAGGCCUAUGAACAGACCACCAGGUACAAUGUUACCACCUAUCACCUCUGCGUACAAGAGGAAAUACGAGGAUGAGGAAGAUGAUUAUGACUCAGAGAUGGACGAUUUUAUCGAUGAUGGAGGUGACGAGCAGGAGGAAAUUUCCAAACACAUUAAGGAAAUCUUCGGUUAUGAUCGAAACAGAUACAGGGAUGAGAGUGACUAUGCACUUAAAUUCAUGGAGAGCAGCUGGAAAGACAUGCAGAAAGAAGAAGCUAGGAGUCUGAAAAUGGCUGUGCAGGAAGAUCAGGAGGAGGAGAGAAAAGAGGAAGAGGAGCUGAAAAGACAAAUGGCCAAGAGGAAAAGAAGGAACUGAAGCCUUUUUCCUACUGAGAUGAACUGUGUUGCCUGAAAGAUGGGACAAUGGGUCUGCUAUCUGAACACAUAAAGCCCAGAGACUGUGUCCACCUUGGCCUCUGUUACUUUCUUUCCGCUUCUUUCCCUUUGUCCGGACAAAAACUGAGUGGACUGACACAUGACACUGACACAAGAGGAAAAGAGAAGAAGAAUUUUAGUGAAAGUCAACCAGAGAAAACUCAAAGAUUAAAUAUGCACAAAUCAUUCAGGCAUUAGGCUGCUAGGAUAUAAUGAAAAGUUCUUUCAUUUCCCCCACGUUAUAUUAUUUAUUUCCCCCAUUGAGUGCAGCGUUUACACUGUCAACAGUCCUAAUUUCUGAAAGGAACUGAGCUGUGAAGCGACGUAUUAAUAUGAAGGUGUGAUUUUUAGACCAACAAUGGUAUACAAUAUCAAGUGUUCAUGACAAGCUAUUUUUGAGCAGAACUUGCAAACUUUUUCACACAAACUUUGAUUGUAAACGUCAAUUGAAUAUGCAGAAAACAUUACCACCAGAUAUGUUGCGUGUUUCUCUUUAAAAAUGAUUUGAAAGAAGUGAUUGCAUUAAGGCUUUUAUUUAAAUGUCCAUGUUAUGGAUGCUAUGUCAGAGUAUGACAAUCUCAGUAAUAUAUACUUGGAUUCUAGAAAUCAAUGAAAGCAAUAAAAUAUUGUUUUCGUGCCA